CCAUAUAAUAUCGAAAUUACCUAAAUGACCGUGUCGACCAGAUCUAACACAAGUCAUCAACGCAUCACUCACAAAACUCGCAACGCAAUUCUGGUUUUGAGGGUUUUGCCGGAGAUUACCAACUCAAUACCUGUUGCCUCUGAUUUCUGAGUCCAUGGCAGGGCCAGGGAGUUCGAUGCUGUAUUCCUUUCUUCUAUUCACUGUCAUUCUCUCACUUCAAGAAGUGUAUCGGGGGAAAUUAGCAUCAACAGAAUUAUUUACCAUAGUUGGAGGGUUCAUUAGCUCUCUCCUGUUUCUUGUGCUCCUAACUUUCCUUGGAAAUUUUCAGGAAACAAUCGGUGCUAGAACUGGGUGGGGUGCCGUCAUAAUAGCAGAAGUAGUGGCUCUAAUUGCUGCAAGCACUGUCCACCGAGUUUGUAUUACAACAUGUUUCCUGUUCUCAGUUGUUUUGCUGUACGAGGUUAACAAGAUCUCGGGGGUAGCUCUCUCGAAAAGCGAAUCAAAAGUGAGAAAACACUGAGACGGCAGAAUCUUACCCAUGAUCUGGGUUAUGGAGAUUUAAUCAUGAUUUUGACUGAGCAUUCUUAAAUUGUAAACUUGUUGCAGCAUGCGUCUCUCAAAAUCACUGCACUAUAGUUUGUAGUUUUCUGCAGAGCUUAUGAUUUGGCAUAACGAAAGAGUGGUAAUUUUUGUUCUAGAUUUGAUUACCAGGAGGAAUACAGCUAAAUCUAUUACUAUGGAUUUGAUAGAUGGUGAGCCAACAAUAUAAUGAGUUAUCAAGUUCAAAUGUU